AUUGGCAAAAUACUAUCUAACAUACUACCUUCCUAACAACAAUUUUCCAAUCAGAAAAGGUGUGGGAGUUACGCUUAUGAAGAUAGAGUUAAUCCUCAAGAUAAAUGUUAAGGCCGAUAACGAUUCCCGCGAGCAAGAAGAAGCAUCAGUAGACAAGAGCUAUAUUGAAAUCAUAAUAAAUAAAUAAGGAAUCAUCGCAAGAUAACGAAUCCUAGACAAUAUGGCCCGGAAAAUAGCCAAGUUCUACAAGCUCGACAUUAACCGCACCGAGUGGGAGAUCCCAGAGACAUACCAGAACCUACAACCUGUGGGUCAGGGUGCCUACGGCCAGGUGUGCAAGGCAGUAGUUCGGGGAAGUAGCACCAAGGUGGCUAUCAAGAAGCUGGCCAGGCCCUUCCAGUCGGCGGUGCACGCAAAGCGCACGUACCGGGAGCUACGGCUUCUGAAGCACAUGGAUCAUGAGAACGUUAUCGGACUGCUCGACGUCUUUCAUCCGGGACAGCCAGCGGACUCGUUGGAUCAGUUCCAGCAGGUGUACAUGGUGACGCACUUGAUGGACGCCGAUCUGAACAACAUUAUACGCACGCAGAAGCUGUCGGAUGACCACGUCCAGUUCCUGGUCUACCAGAUUCUGCGGGGCCUAAAAUACAUCCACAGUGCCGGAGUCAUACAUCGCGACCUAAAGCCCUCAAACAUUGCAGUGAACGAGGACUGCGAGCUGCGCAUUCUGGACUUCGGCCUGGCCCGGCCGGCAGAGAGUGAGAUGACCGGGUACGUAGCCACGAGGUGGUACAGGGCGCCCGAAAUUAUGCUCAACUGGAUGCAUUACAACCAGACAGUGGACAUUUGGUCCGUGGGCUGCAUCAUGGCCGAGCUGCUCACUGGUCGCACCCUCUUUCCGGGCACCGACCACAUUCACCAGCUGAACCUGAUUAUGGAGGUGCUGGGAACACCGGCAGACGAAUUCAUGAGCCGCAUUUCCUCAGAGAGCGCCAGAAACUAUAUUCGGUCUCUGCCGGUCAUGCCUCGCCGCAAUUUCCGCGACGUCUUUCGUGGUGCAAAUCCGUUGGCUAUCGACCUACUGGAGAAGAUGCUGGAGCUGGACGCUGACAAGCGCAUCACUGCUGAGCAGGCGCUGGCCCAUCCCUACAUGGAAAAGUACCACGACCCGUCCGAUGAGCAGACCGCCGCGCUGUACGACCAGAGUUUCGAGGAGAACGAGCUGCCGGUGGAGAAGUGGCGCGAGAUGGUUUUCACCGAGGUGAGCUGCUUCAAGCCGACAGCCGCUUUCGCCGAACUUCUGCCCAAAGAGUAGCAGUACCACAGAUCCAGCCCCUGUCCGUUCAAUGAUGCUAUCUGUAUACAUUUAGAUCGAGUCUUCUUUACGCCUAGUUAAAACGGAUGUGCUUAAUCGAGAUUUCUAUGCUCGUCGAAUGUAAACACAGUCGGGAGGCUAUUUAUUCUAGAGCGAUUUAUAUUUAGAAACGCUUCAGCGGCUGGAUUUAAACAAUUGGUUGUGCUGUUCACCGCAGAAACGCACAUUAACCCCAACCGUCAGAGUGUAUGUAUUUUUUGAACCUCUGCUUUUCAUUCGAUGAGUACAGAAAUGACGGUUUGGCCAAGUAGCAGUCCGGAAUGUUUUCAAAACACACAAAGUCACAGCCUUAAUGUCCAGUUCAACUUCAGAUUUGGUGUCGGUUUUAACACACAGUUCUUGUGAAUAAUAAUCCUGUAAAUGUGAGUAGUGUACAUGUACAUCCUAGUUCAUAAGCAUCUCGCGGCCAGUAACUAUAAAAAGAGCACUAGUGUCUACAUACGUUGAAUCCAAAUAAAUGUGUGCUAUGUAUUUUACAAAAGUA